UCAUUUGUGCUUUUCUUCCCUGGAGAGAUAUGUUCACGAAGAUGUCGCUCAUGUUUAUGGCCAAGAUACUUUCGCCUGUCCUUCUCUAAGAGUUUUAUGGUUUCAUGGCUUCCAUUCAGGGGUUCGACCAAUUUUGAAUUUACUUUUGUGUAUGGGGUUAGACAGUGAUCCAUGUUUGCUCCUUUUUUGCAGCCAUCACCUCCGGCUUUGGAGCAGUGACCCAGACCACCAGCUGUGGGACCAGUAGUACAUCAGGGUUUGGCAGCACCAUCUCAGCACCCUUGACAUCCAGGGUGUCAGCAGUCCCCACUGGCAGUGGGGGCUUUGGGACAAGUGUGGCUGCUCCCCACAGCAGCUCCACCACUGGGGCAUUUGACACUGCAUCAGGACGGAGUGGGAGAACUGGUCUCAAGAACCCUUUCUGGGGAGCCUUGGAUCCAAACUCCCUGGGUGCAGCUGGCCAGAGCACAACCUCUCCCGUCCACAUGGCCCGGUCACCUCAGAACACAUCUGGGAUUGCAGCAAUCACCUCGGCCUUUGCAGCUAUGACCCUGACCACCAGCAGCGGGACCAGUAUGUCAGUGUUCAGCGGCACUACCUUAUCACCAUUUACAUCCAGGGUGUCAGCAGGUCCCGCUGGCAGUGGAGGUUUUGUGAUCAGUGUGGCUGCGGCCCACAGUAGCUCCACCACUGGGUCAUUCGGACUUGGGUCACGACGGAGUAAGACAACUGGUCUCAAGAACCCUUUCUGGGGAAGGUUGAAUCCAAACUCCCUGGGUGCAGCUCGCCAGAGCACACUCUCGACUUGCCACGUGACCAGGACACCUCAGGACACGUCUGAGAUUGCAGGUGAGAUUUGGAAUGGGCUAGCCAUUCCAAAUAAAUAA